AUGAGUCGAGGGACAUCCUCGCUGCCUGCAGAAGCUCCGAGCUUGCUGCCUGCGUGCGGGGACCGCCAAGGGUCCUGCGGGCUGAUGCCAGCCUUCAGCCUCAUCUCCGAAUUAGCAGGUCCAGUCCGGGGGGACCAGGGGAAAGCCCGGGACAGUGAGGGGUAUCUUUCCUCGGGGAUGGACGCGGGAUGCAGUCGGGGGCCGGCGCUCGGGCCGGGCGGCGGCGCUCAGGGCCGGCAGUUUCCCGGGCGCUCCGCCCGCCGCCGGCUGGCAGCCGUCACCGCACCGCACCGCACCGCACCGCACCGCACCGCACCGCACCGCACCGCACCGCACCGCACCGCACCGCACCGCACCGCACCGCACGACCAGCGCAGGGCUGCGCCCAUGGGCUGCGGCAACUCCACGGCCGGCGGCGCGGGUGGGCGAGGUGCCACAGGAACUACUAAAGAUGUAGCAGAAGAGUCUGUAUCAGAUGAUGACAAAAGGAGGAACUAUGGUGGUGUGUACGUUGGCCUGCCGUCAGACGCAGCUACCAUGGUUUCCAGUCAGACAAAAGCUGCACCAAAAGAUUAGAAGGAAAUAAACAUGUUGAGAUGCAAACAGCUGGAGUCUUCUGCUAAGACCAGUUGCCAGUGCUUUAGAGAGAGCUGUCUUUGUGCUGAAGAUUCUUCUAUUUACAUAGCCUUCCGGAGAGCAAGAGAGAGCAGAGCACCAAAAAAAUCUAAACUGUUCCAAGUUCCAACUACGGGUAAAGCGUAAAGUACAGUGUUGAACAGUUUCCUAUGAUGGUUGCAUUAUGGAAACCUCCUGCUGUUCUCCAGUGAAAACUGAAAUUAAGGAACUCAUGGUGGAUGUUUCUGCACAAGAGCUAACUUUGAUGAUCUGCAACUUAUUUCUCUUAUGUGGCCAUAUUGCAGAUUUCAUCAGCUAUCAGCUACGCUUCGUAUAUUUUCUCCAACAAUUUUUGAUAGAUUUUAUAUGGAAAACCAUUAAUACUGUCCACUU